AAGUAGGUAGAAAGAAAAAAUAAAUUAAUAGGAAAGAAAUAAAAUGGAAAGACUCCGGCGCGCUUAAGUGACGUCACGUCAGCGCAAACCGGAUGUCCUUCGAAAAAAACCACAGAAGAAGAAGACCAGCUUCUUCGAAGGAAAAAUAAUAAUAUAAAGAAAAUAAACAACUAAGGGCGGUUCUAUGAAGAACGAUGGAAUACUCCCAGGUCGUUGGAGUACAGGGACAUCCGGAGCACUCCCUGCGCCGGGUACGUCCGUGUAGCUAGGUCCAUGACCCUGUAACCAAGGUAAGUAUUUUAGUAUUGUUAUGUGUCUUUUUGCAGUCGUUGGAGUAAAGGACAACGUCCGUUACCCAGGUGAGAGACAUGACAAUGAAGGUACUCGUGGGAAGACCAGGACCUCCGAGGCAUCCCUUCCGCCAGAGACGUCCGGAUUCCCAGACUCUGCAAGGCCUCAGCUUCUGCCCGUGUGAGAUUGGGCGCAACCGCGAGGGCGCAACCCGAGAGGAGCGAUGGGUGCUCGUCCGCCGAGACCAGCACGUGGACCUCCGGCGGCAGAAGACCAGGUCAAAUUUGACCUGGUGGUGCCACUCGGAACUGAGGCUGGUGGACGGAACGAAGCUGAGGCCUUUGUCGAGGAGGGAGCGCUGCGACGAGGAUGGCCUCUGCGUGGCGGAAGUUGGCCCCCGGGUAGCUGUCCAUCUGGAGGUCCUGGAGACCAGUGGACGGAAGGAGACUGAUAUUGGAGUCCCCGAUCACCAGGACCUUCCUAUGAACAGACAGGUGCCAGUCCACCAUCUUACGUGUUGUACUAAUGUGUCUUGUAGGCCUCCUCCGCGGACUGGUUGGCGUGGUAACCUGUGCCCCGUUUGUGUCUUCUGUCGGCUGAGAAGCCGAAGUGACAGUUUUUGUCCUUUUCUGGUUUCCAGAAGGAUCAACACGGGGCCCUGCAGCACAAAGCAUGUUUCUUAA